AUGGCGUCUCUUGUAGUACGCUGUGUAUUUGGACCGCGGUUGUAUAGACUAUACGGUAAAGGUGAAAUUAGGGGCCAUGAUUAUGAAGCUAAUCGGUUAGAAAGACACAGUGAUACAGUUGUAAAAUGGGUUAAUUUCUUUUGGAAUGUAGGCUGGUACAUGUCACCGGGAAUUGGACUUUUUUUAUACAGACGAGGUUAUUUCUGUCCUGAAGGGCUGCUUAGUUUGGCUAAAUUUGCUGGUAGUAUAUUAGUGUUGUUAUUUGGAGCAGUUUGUGUAAGAGGGAUUGGUAGACUUUCAAAUCCUGAAUACAGACAAUUUCUUAAAAUAUUACAUGAUGCAAGUGUUAACAAUUCACCAAAUGCCAAGAAACUUUUAUCGCAGUAUGAUUUUCACUUUAAAGCCUGGCCUGUAGAUUUCCGAUGGGAUGAACUUGAAAAUGACGAGAAGAAAACAAGAUUACUGAGUAAAAGUCACAAAUCCAGAGGUCUUGUGGAACAUGUGAAAGGUUUGCCAUGUCAAGUUUUAAGUUACAUAUUAGUUCACACAUUUGGUCGUCGUAUGAUAUACCCCGGAUCUCUGUCUCUAUUGGCUGGUGCUGUUGGUCCUAUGUUACUCCAAGGAAGGGCCAAGUUAUGUGAACAGCACAAUGGUAUAAGGGCUAAACUGCUGGCAAGAGAUAACAAUGAAAUUGACACUAUGUUUGUAGAUAGAAGAAAUCAGAAGGAACAUUUUAAUAACGGCAAUAUACUGGUGGUGUGUUGUGAAGGCAAUGCUGGAUUUUAUGAAGUUGGAUGCAUGUGUACACCUCUUGAAGGUGGUUACUCUGUACUUGGCUGGAACCAUCCUGGCUUUGCUGGCAGUACUGGAGUACCAUAUCCAGUCAAUGAAGCCAAUGCAGUGGAUGUCGUCAUGCAGUAUGCUAUUGAAAAACUUGGAUUCAAAGUUGAUGACAUUGUGAUAUUUGCAUGGUCAAUCGGUGGUUAUUCAGCUACACUGGCCGCUAUGAAUUACCCUGAUAUCAAGGCUGUUGUUCUUGAUGCCACUUUUGAUGACAUUGUACCACUAGCUAUUUCUAAAAUGCCAAAUAGCUGGAAAGGUUUAAUCAUCCGGUCAAUGCGAGACUACUUUAAUUUGAACAUUGCUGAUCAACUCUGCCAGUAUCCAGGGCCAAUAAGAUUGAUCAGAAGAAGUAAAGAUGAAAUCAUCACUACAGAAGAAGGUGUGAUAAGUACUAAUCGUGGUAACUUUCUAUUGAUUAAGUUGCUGCAGUGCAGGUAUCCAAAAUUAAUGACAGAAGAAAGCAUUUCUGUUCUUAAUACAUGGUUAUCAGUCCCAGAUACAAUAACACAGCUGUCUAUUUCAACCUCUUUGGAGCUUGACGAAUCUGAGUGUCUUCAGAUACUACAAAGCUAUGUAGAAGAGAAUUCUACCAGUUAUCCAAUGCUUAUAGGAGAUGAUCUCGGUCGAGAUAUGAAGAUGAAACUUGUUCUAUUUUUGGCAAGCAAGUACCUUGGAGACUUUGAUUCUACUCAUUGCACGCCUUUACCAGCUAGUAUAUUUGCUUUGCCUUGGAGUUUGGAUGAAGAAUUUCUUAUAUAUGAUGGGGAAAAUUAGGAUUUUACCUCUGCAAUCUAUAUAUGACUAAAUGGGUCCUAAUUUGAUUAUUUUACUGUUCACCUAAGGCACAUUGAACUUGGAAACAUCCCCUUUCUUGAAAAAUAAUUAUUUAAAAAAAGUUGCAUACUAAUGUACUGUAUUUGCAUUAUUGUUAAUUUUUAGAAAGUAAGUUGCUUUGAUUUAAUAACAUUGUAUUGUAUUUUUUUCAAUCUUUGACUCAACUGGUUUUUAUUUAUUAUUGAUUUCAAGGCAGUAGUGUUGAAUAUGAUGCAGAAUUUAUAUAUUCCUCCAACUAUAUGGAGUUAGGUGAGGACUGACUUUCAGUAGAGACG